AUGCUUCGAGCAGCUCAGAAAGGCUUGCAGCAUAGACAUGUCAUAUGCCGUGGGGUGGUGUUUCUCUCGUACGUUGUCAGUGUGGAACUCGCCAAGGACGAUUUCGGCGGCCAGAGCUUGGUCGCUGGUUCCGGCGUUGCCUUGGAAUUGGGAUGGGAUGACAUCGUGGACAUAGUAAUGUUGGAUGGAGUGUCGUCUGGUGUUGGGACGGACUCGUGCGGUUAUGCGAUCAAGGCGCAGAGAAGACAGACGGUGACUGAGAAUCCCGGGGAAGUCGCUGUAGGAGGAGGCACCUACCCAGGCAAGCAAGAACCUUCAAGGAAGCUGUUGGUUGACUACGUACCUGCCCCUGCAGGUACAUACUUUGGGAGGUAUGAGAAGGACCACCACUAUUAG